AUGGCAGAAGCAUCCUCCUCAAACGUAUCCUCCUACCCUUGUCAUCUGGAAGGUAUCACCAGAGUCUGUUUCUCCCCCGAUGGCUCGACCAUCUUCACUGGUGGUGCCGACUGUCUAGUCCGUAUACACCGCGCGGAUGACCCCGACGCUGAGCCUGGGUUCCAUGAUGAUCAUACAGACGCCGUUACCUCGCUCUCGUGCUCUAACUCUUACCUCGUCACUGGGAGUGUGGAUAACAUCGCGAGGUACUUCUCAUAUCCACAGAAUGAAUUUCAAGGAUACAUCACUCGCUCAUCCGGCGUGGCAAUAAGAUGGGUCGCUAUGGACAAAGCAGGUGAACGUGUGGCCGUUUGUAGCGAUGAUUUAUUGGUCAAGAUUGUGCAUGUGAAAGACACGACAAGAGUGCAAUUGUUAUCCGACAAUACCAAACCUGUCAGGUCUGCCACUUGGGAUCCGUCCGGACAGUAUCUGACAGCAGUCUCUUGUGAUGGUAAAUUGAGGAUCUAUGACACUGUUCUAUCCACACCGGCAUGUAUCAAGAUAGUGGAUAAUGUCAUCUCGUCCUCCGAGCCAGACUCUGCCGUGUCAGCCUACGCCGCUUGGCAUCCCUCUGGAGCAUAUUUCGCCAUACCUCUACGAACCCACGACAUUGGUGUCAUCUCCAAAAAUGGAUGGUCUAAGCAGCCUGCCUUUUCCUCUUCCGACGGACACAAAACGCCCAUAUCUGAACUCGCCUGGUCACCCAAUGGCAGAUACCUAGCCUCCUCUGCAGGCGAGCAAAUCCUUGUGUGGGCGGAAGAGUCGAGACAAGUCGUGGCGAGAUAUACCAAUCCCGUCGGGGCGAUCUCAGGACUGGCGUUCUCACCUAAGACCAAUCUGAUCGUCUUCACUUCCUUAGACGGGACUUUCCACAGAUGGAAUGAGCCUAUCCCGAGUAAUUUUCCCUCUCCGGUCGUAACGGAGGCUGCACACGCCAAAAAAGUGGAUAGACUAUUAGACGAUGAUUUCGGGGAUGACAUGGAUGAUCUUGAGGACAAAGGGGAGGAUCUAGGGGAUGAUUUGGUGGACGAUUGGAUAGUGGACGAUGAUGAGACGUAUGCUAAGGAAGAAGAUGAAAAGUGGGGGAAGGGUAGAACAGAAGUCGUCAAUGUCACAAAAGCUCAAGCAGCUUUCACUCCAGGUAGUACCGUCAUGAAGAACAAGAAACGUUAUCUUGGGUUCAACAUGAUUGGUGUUGUCGAUGCUACCGACUUGGAAACUCAUCAUGUUGUCAAUGUCGAAUUCCAUGAUAAAUCUUCUAGACGAGGGUACCAUUUUCAAGAUCAUCACAAAUAUUCCAUGGCAUCCAUUGGAGAGCAAGGAGUUAUAUACGCCUGUCCCGCUGACGGAGAUCAACCGUCUCAAAUAUACUAUAGACCAUAUGAUUCUUGGGCGUCGCAAGGGGAUUGGUCCAUGGGGUUACCUCUCGGCGAAGAGGCCGUAUGUGUCGCUGCCGGCGGACCGGCAGGAUCUCUAGGGCAAGAAAGUAUGGGGAGUAUCAUAGUAGCUACGAGCAGGGGGUUUGUGAGGUUCAUGAGUAGUAGUGGGAUACAAAGGUAUAUGUGGAGAUUAGGGGAGGAUGUGGUCAGUAUGGUAGCUGGAAAAGAUUCUGUGAUUGUGAUACACCGGGAAGGAGGGACAAGUUUGGAUGGUUGUCAGAAUCUUAGAUAUACAUUGAUGGAUCUGAACAACUUUGAAAUCAUACAAGAAGGUCGAGUGCCUUUACCGAAGAAAACCACUUUAACAUGGAUUGGAUUCACCUCGAACGAUGCUCCAACUAUGUUCGACUCAACCGGUUUGUUAUCUGUUCUUGAUCGGUUUCGACGGCCUGGUCAAGCAAGAUGGGUGCCAUUGUUAGAUACGACAUUAUUAAGGAAAGAAGGUAGGAAAGAAUCGUAUUGGCCAGUUGGGGUUUCUGCGACUCACAUGUCAUGUGUGAUUCUUAAGGGAAAUGAAAAAGAACCAUGGUUCCCUCGACCGUUGAUUCAGGAGAUAGAGCUUCAAAUGCCUUUAUUAGGCAUGGACAACCAACAGGGGAGAUUGGAAGAAAGGCUACUGACAAGCAGUAUCAUCAGAGGAGAAGUCCAUCUCUCUCUCUUACGUGACGCAGUGGAAGAAACACCAGACGGUGAAAUCGAAUACGAUAUCAAAACACGUUCCGUCGCUCUUGAUAAAGAACUUCUUCAACUCGUCCAAGGAGCUUGUAAAGCUGAUAAUCUUCAAAGAGCUUUAGAUCUAUCUCGACUUAUGUAUCUUCCAGGAACCAUCGAUGCCGCUGCUAAAGUCGCCGCAUUCUAUCAUUUACCAGGAUUACAAGAACGAAUUCAAUCCGUACGAUUGGAAAAAGAACGUAAAAGAACAGGUGUGAAACGAACCAGGAAAAGUUUGAUACCACCUUCUGAACAUCAUGUUUCUCCCAACAAUGGAAUGGUAAAUGGGAAAUUUUCAGAAUUCGUACCUCGAGCAACUUCCAGACGAACGUUCGGAGGAGUUAAUAGAGAUUCUACACCUGCUCAAAUGAGAGGGGAUAGUUAUGUUCCUGAAACUCCUGGACAGAUGGAGGAUACACCUCAACCUGUGCCCCCUCCGACAAUGAGUCUGGAUAUGGAUAUGGGAUCUCCAGGUGAGAAGAGAAAGAGAAAAGUUGGAAUGGAGGAAGAUGAAUUCACGGCUCCUGCUAAGAAAGUGGAGGAAUUGUCAUUUUCCUCAGAAGCACCGAAAAAUCCCUUUGCGAAGAAAACACAUGGUAAUCCAUUCGCUAAAGCCGCAACGGCCAGACCGCUCGAUGCGAUAAAGAGUACUUCGUUCUUUGACAGAGUGGAUGAUAUCGAGGCAUCGGGAAUGACGAAGGCAAAACCUAAAAAAGCAAAGGAAAACGUCAAACCUCAUGGUCAGGGUAAACAAACCACUUUAUUCAAUACCGGCAUGGAAAAACGUCCCGCUCUACCACAUAAAACAUCAUCGACAGAAUCAGAAAGUUUGAUGUCUGAUACUCCUCGAUUACCAUUACCGACCACUCUGACGGCUGGGGUAUUGGAGGAAAGUCAAUUACAAGAUACGUUGACGGAUGAAACACCUUCGGAAAGUAUCGAUAUUGAUUGA